AACCCACUCCCGUCAUGCCCCACCAAGGAUCCUGCCUCUGCGGCAAAGUCUCUAUCGAGAUUGGUACUACUGAAAAGAACCAGAUCGUCUGCCAUUGUACCGACUGCCGCCAGACGAGUGGCAGCGCCUUCAGCACGAAUGUCCUAGUUCCCAAGACAGAAGUCAAGAUCACUGGACCCGUCCAGAGCUUUGAUCUCAAAGCGCCGUCUGGAAACAUCGUGACGCGCGUUUUCUGUGGGAACUGUGGAAGCGCCAUCACGCAUCUGACGCCCGCUUUCGGCGAGUCCCAGGCGGUUCAGACCGGCAACUUCAAGGAUUUCGCCGACAUCCCGAUCGGAAUGGAAAUCUUUGUCAAAAGCCGAUGGACAGGCCUGGGCCCAGUUGCUGGUGCAACACAAGUGCAGGGCAUGCCCUGAACGGGCAUCGAAGAAGUUGAUUCACAAGUGCACUCUGUUCUUCGUUCUUCCCGGUGUACAAGGUCUUCCUACAUACGAAUCAGAUGCAACAGUUUUCCGAGUCUUGUCAAACAAACUUAGUCCUGA